AUGCGCCGGCGCGCCCUCGCGCUGCUGUGGCUCGUCGCGCGGUCGCGCGGCGGCGGCGACGGCGGCGGCUUCCUCGACUUCGAGCUGAGCAACGGCUUCGAGCUGCCCGUCGUCGGCCUCGGCGUGGGCAACCUGGCGCACCGGUCCAUCCCGGCCGUCGUGUCCGCGGGCGUCGAGCGCUUCGGCGUGCGCCUCGUCGACACGGCCAUGGCGUCGAACAACGAGCACCUGCUCCAGGAGACGCUGCGGCGCCUGCCGCGGCCCGAGCGGCGGGUCGUCGUCGUCACCAAGGUCUGGUACACGCACCUCGGCUACGGCCGCACGCGGCUCGCCGUGGAGGAGUCCCUGAAGAGCCUCGGCGGCGGCGUCGACGUCCUCCGCUACCGGCGCGCGGGCCCCGCGCCGGGCGCGGACGCCUGGGUCGGGAGCUGGCGGGCGCUCGAGGAGUUCUACGGCGCCGGCCGGCUCGCGGCCAUCGGCGUGUCGAACUUCGAUUAUGAUGAUAUGGCGCGGCUCCUCCGCGACGCGGCCGUCGCGCCGCACGUGUACCAGGGCAACGUCUGGGCCUUC